AUGAUGAAUAACAACGGCAACCAAGUGUCGAAUCUCUCCAAUGCGCUCCGUCAAGUAAACAUAGGAAACAGGAACAGUAAUACAACCACCGAUCAAAGUAAUAUAAAUUUUGAAUUUUCAACAGGUGUAAAUAAUAAUAAUAAUAACAAUAGCAGUAGUAAUAACAAUAAUGUUCAAAACAAUAACAGCGGCCGCAAUGGUAGCCAAAAUAAUGAUAACGAGAAUAAUAUCAAGAAUACCUUAGAACAACAUCGACAACAACAACAGGCAUUUUCGGAUAUGAGUCACGUGGAGUAUUCCAGAAUUACAAAAUUUUUUCAAGAACAACCACUGGAGGGAUAUACCCUUUUCUCUCACAGGUCUGCGCCUAAUGGAUUCAAAGUUGCUAUAGUACUAAGUGAACUUGGAUUUCAUUAUAACACAAUCUUCCUAGAUUUCAAUCUUGGCGAACAUAGGGCCCCCGAAUUUGUGUCUGUGAACCCUAAUGCAAGAGUUCCAGCUUUAAUCGAUCAUGGUAUGGACAACUUGUCUAUUUGGGAAUCAGGGGCGAUUUUAUUACAUUUGGUAAAUAAAUAUUACAAAGAGACUGGUAAUCCAUUACUCUGGUCCGAUGAUUUAGCUGACCAAUCACAAAUCAACGCAUGGUUGUUCUUCCAAACGUCAGGGCAUGCGCCAAUGAUUGGACAAGCUUUACAUUUCAGAUACUUCCAUUCACAAAAGAUAGCAAGUGCUGUAGAAAGAUAUACGGAUGAGGUUAGAAGAGUUUACGGUGUAGUGGAGAUGGCCUUGGCUGAACGUAGAGAAGCGCUGGUGAUGGAAUUAGACACGGAAAAUGCGGCUGCAUACUCAGCUGGUACAACACCAAUGUCACAAAGUCGUUUCUUUGAUUAUCCCGUAUGGCUUGUAGGAGAUAAAUUAACUAUAGCAGAUUUGGCCUUUGUCCCAUGGAAUAAUGUCGUGGAUAGAAUUGGCAUUAAUAUCAAAAUUGAAUUUCCAGAAGUUUACAAAUGGACGAAGCAUAUGAUGAGAAGACCCGCGGUCAUCAAGGCAUUGCGUGGUGAAUGA